AAAAAUCUUCUAAUAAUAAUAAUUUCUAAAAAUGCUGAGAGCAUGAGUCAUAAACCUCUAACAUGGCCACUUUUCAAUCACUUUAGUUGAAGAAAAAAAACCAAUGUUUUCUCUCACACAGUACGUCCAAUGGAACUCAAAUUUUUUCUUUUUCUGAAAAAUGUUAUUUCUGCGAAAUUCACCAACCUUUAGAAAAUUAGUACCAUUGAAACAGGCAUACACUCCGAUUUCAUCUAAAAAAAAUUGUAUAGCAUCUGAGAAUUUAUAUUUAGUGAACAAUCUCAAUCAUUUCGACGUGGUGGUGGUCCACGUCAAACAUCAGAAGCAUGGCGCCGAUCACGAGGUGAUGAUGAGGAAAAUCAUGAUCAAAGUGAAGAUUUAUCACCAUCUACAAAUACUUCUACUUCUUGGACAUCUCGAAGUGGACAAACAAGACGAGGCGGUGGUGGUGGAUCAAUAGAACAUCGUACAAAAUCCAAUGAUAAAUGGAGUCAUACAGAUGAUCGACCUGGUCCGUCAAAUAGUUAUGAAUCAAAUCAAACACGUGGAUGGCGAUCGAAUACAGCAAUGUCUGAUCGUGAUCUUAAUUCACGUCGUCCACAAGCAAAACGAGAACGAAUGCCUGAAUGGAUGAAUGAUAAUAAUGAUAGUGAUAAUCAAUUGAGUAGUGGAACAUUUGAACAAGAUGAACCAUUUUCUAGUACAUCAUCAAAACGACAAAAUAAUGAUAAUAAUGAACAACAACAAAAAUCUCACACUACAACUGAUGACACAUCAUCAAAUAUAAAUAUUCAAUCAUUAAAAUCAUCAGAUGAGAAUAGACAUGAAAAACCAGCAUCACCACCAAUAGAUACAAGUGUUAUUAAUGUUCCAACAACAUCGGAAAUUCUUGAAUCUAAACCAAUACCUCCUGUACAACAUACUCUUGCAACAUGGGAUGAUGAAUUUGAACCGAGUGAUGUAGCAACAACUGUAGUUGAAUCAACCCUUGCUGAAGAUCAUGAUUAUUCUCCACCAAUAUCUAUUCAUACAACUCCUCAUCCUAUGACAAUAGAACCAACUCCACCUGCUGUUGUACCAAUUAUUUCACAACAACGUGUACAACCACCUGUAAUUAUUGAUGAUAAACAAUGGUUUUAUAAAGAUCCACAAAAUACAGUACAAGGUCCAUUUUCAUCAGCUGAUAUGGAACGUUGGUUUGCAGCUGGUUAUUUUACUAUACUUUUACCAGUUAAACGUUUGGGUGAAACACAAUUUUCAACUAUACAACAAUUAACAAAAGAAUUAGGUCGAUUACCAUUUCGUACUGAUGUUUCAACACUUCCAUCACCUGUACAACAACAACCAAUUGUAUCGGAAACACAAAAAUUUAAUUCUAUGAUGUAUGCAACACCAUCAACAGCAAAUAAUCCUUAUAUUGAUGAGUAUUUAAUGCAACAACAGCAACAGCCAAGACAAAAUCUUCAACAUUCAUCAUUAUUUAAUAGACAAACAUCAAUGCCUUUAGCAACAGCUGAUCGAAAACCGGUUACAUCUCCAACAAUAAUAAAUUCUCAAUUACAAGCAUAUUUUGCUUCUCAACAACAACAACAGCAUUCACAAUCAUCUUCAUCUCUUUUUUCAUCAAAUCUAGUUAAUGAUCCUGCAAUAGGCUAUCAACAACAACCACAAUUACAACGUAGUAUAUCAGCAACAAAUCAACAACAGCAACAACCAUUAUUUGAUGAAAUACAUCAUCAUUCAUUUCAUCAAAUUCCAUCACAACCAAAUACAUCAUCAUCAUCAUCAGCCACAACAUCAUUUUUUGGUACAAAUGUAUCGAUUUCACAAUCUCAAAAACCAGAUGAUAUAAUGACACGUCUUGCACAAGCAAUGCAAAGUCAUGGACAACAACAACAAGAAAAAGUUGAAGAACAACGUCGUAUUGAACAACAACGACGUGAACUUGAAUUAGAACGUUUAAAAUUAGCACAACAAACAGAGCAAUUACGUUUACAACGUGAAGAAGAAGAACGUUGUCAAUUAGAACAAAAACAAAAAUUUGAAGAAGAAUUACGUAAAAAAAAUGAAACAACAAUUAAUAAACAAAAUAUAUUUGAUCCAAUGAAAGAAAUGAAUAAAACAAUGGAUCAGAAAAAGCAACAACAACAACACCAACAACAACCAAUUAAAUCACAAUCAAAAGUUGAAAUUGAUCCAUUUUUAGCUUUUCAACAAUCACUUCAAUUUCAAAAAGAACAACAAGCUAAAAUUGAAGCACAAAAGGCAGAAAAUGUUCGCCGUUAUCAACAACAACAACUUCGAGAACAACCUCAACCACAGCAAUCAACAUUUAAAUUACCAGAAACAGCAAAUUGGGCUCGACAUCCAUCACAUAAUAAUGAUCAAAUUCAAACAUUAAAUUUUGCUGAAAUUCAAAAACAAGAACAAGAACAAGAACGUCGAGCCCGAGAAGCAGCUAUUGCUGCUCAACAUCUUACUAAAACUGAAAAUUUAAAUAUUCCAAAUUCACCAUCAUCAUCAUCAUCAAAUAAAUCUGGUUCAUGGGCUCGAACAUUAUUUGCUGGUAAUACUAAUAAUAGAAAUAAUAAUAUUUCAUCAGAUCAUGAAGUCAAUGAAACUACAUUACCUGAUUCACCAAUAACAUCAUACAAUCAACAAGCAACAAAUGCGGUACUUUCUCUUUUAAAUAUUCAUCCAAAAUCUCGAUCAACUGGAAAUCA